CAACAUGGAGUCCUCGAUAGGAUAAGGGUGAAGCUGCUGUUGCCGGCUGCUCCUGUUCUCCCCCCCAUCAUGUUGGUGCACUUAUUUCGGGUCGGGAUUCGGGGAGGUACUGUCCUAGGCAGGCCUCUAAUCCCCCUCCGCUUCCAGACAUUCUCGGCCGUCAGGCACUCUGAUGGCCGCCACAGCUCCUAUCUCCUCAGGGCUGUGGCCCAGCUGCGGUCCCAGCUCCGAGCUCGCCUCCCUCAAGUGCCACCAGGUCCGGGCCGAAGCCCCUCUUCCUGGUGCUGGGUUGGGGGAGUCCUCCUGGGCCCUGUGGUGCUGAGUAAGUGCCCCCGCCUCUGCCUUGUGGCACUGUGUGAGGCAGAAGAGGCCCCUCCUGCCUACUCCAGACCCUCUGACGUGGAGACCCGCUUUAACUGGAAGCUCUUCUGGCAGUUUCUGCGCCCCCACCUGCUGGUCCUGGGGGCGGCCAUCGUGCUGGCACUAGGUGCGGCCCUGGUGAACGUACAGAUCCCCCUACUCCUGGGCCAGCUGGUGGAGAUUGUGGCCAAGUACACAAGGGACCACAUGGGCAACUUCCUGAAAGAGUCCCGGAAUCUCAGCACCUACCUGCUCAUCCUCUACGGCCUCCAGGGAUUGCUGACCUUUGGGUACCUGGUGCUCCUGUCCCGCAUCGGAGAGCGCAUGGCUUUGGACAUGCGGAGGGCCCUCUUCAGCAACCUGCUCCGACAAGACAUUGCCUUCUUUGAUGCUAAAAAGACAGGGCAGCUGGUGAGCCGAUUGACCACUGACGUGCAGGAGUUUAAAUCGUCCUUCAAACUUGUCAUCUCCCAGGGACUUCGAAGCUGCACCCAAGUGGUUGGCUGCCUGGUGUCCCUGUCCAUGCUGUCCACACGCCUCACGCUACUGCUGAUGGUGGCCAUGCCCUCCCUGAUGGGAGUUGGCACCUUGAUGGGCUCAGCUCUCCGAAAAUUGUCUCGCCAGUGUCAGGAGCAGGUAGCCAGGGCAACGGGUGUAGCGGAUGAGGCCCUGGGUAAUGUUCGGACUGUGAGAGCCUUCGCCAUGGAGCAGCGGGAAGAGGAACGCUACGGAGCAGAGCUGGAGGCGUCCCGCUGUAAGGCAGAGGCACUGGGCAGAGGCAUCGCCCUGUUCCAGGGGCUCUCCAACAUCGCCUUCAACUGCAUGGUCUUGGGCACCCUAUUUAUUGGGGGUUCCCUCGUGGCUGGACAGCAGCUGACCGGGGGAGACCUCAUGUCCUUCCUGGUGGCCUCCCAGACAGUGCAGAGGUCCAUGGCCAACCUCUCUGUCCUGUUUGGUCAGGUGGUGCGGGGGCUCAGCGCGGGCGCCCGGGUGUUUGAGUACAUGACUCUGAGCCCGUGCAUCCCGCUGUCCGGAGGCUGCUGUGUCCCCAGAGAGCAGCUGCGUGGGUCCAUCGAGUUUCACAACGUCAGCUUCAGUUACCCCUGCCGCCCUGGCUUCCCGGUGCUCAAAGACUUCACCCUCACGCUGCCCCCUGGCAGGAUCGUGGCCCUUGUGGGCCAGUCCGGUGGAGGAAAGACCACCGUGGCUUCCCUGCUUGAGCGCUUCUACGACCCCACAGCAGGCAGGGUCACCCUGGACGGGCGGGACCUGCGGACCCUCGACCCCUCUUGGCUCCGGAGCCAGGUCAUCGGCUUCAUCAGCCAGGAGCCAGUCCUGUUCGGAACAACCAUCAUGGAGAACAUCCGCUUUGGGAAGCUGGGUGCCUCCGAUGAAGAGGUCUACGCAGCGGCCCGGGAAGCCAACGCACACGAGUUCAUCACCAGCUUCCCCGAGGGCUACAACACCGUCGUCGGUGAACGGGGCACAACCCUGUCUGGUGGCCAGAAGCAGCGCCUGGCCAUCGCCCGCGCUCUCAUCAAGCAGCCAGCGGUGCUGAUCCUGGACGAGGCAACUAGCGCUCUGGAUGCAGAGUCCGAGCGGGUCGUGCAGGAGGCCCUGGACCGAGCCAGCACUGGCCGCACUGUGCUGGUCAUCGCCCACCGGCUCAGCACCGUGCGGGGCGCCCACCACAUCGUCGUCAUGGCCCAGGGCUGCGUCUGUGAGGAGGGGACCCAUGAAGAGCUCCUGAAGAAAGGCGGACUCUAUGCCGAGCUCAUCAGGAGACAGGCCCUGGGUACCCCACCUCCUGAGGCACCCAGAGACCCCAGGAGCUACCAUGCAAAGUCCUGAGAGCAGCCCUCUGCAGUCUGGUCACUGCCAAGCAUUAGUGCCCAUGGCUGAGGACUGAGCUCCCCAGAGGGCCGGCUGGCUGUGGGCUGCCUCCUGCCCACAAUAAACCCAGGACAAGCCCUGGGCUGGAAGGAAGUUGAACUGCUGCCUUCCCCUCCCCCACCUACCUCCUGGCUGCCGCCCUCCUGCCAGAGCCACUGAGUCAUUGGGCUGCACAGGGAAGAGGCAGAGUCCCGGGCCCAUGCUCUGUUCUCCCUCCCCACCUCUCAGGAGCCCUGCCAGCCUCCCUCCUACCCGACAGCCUAAAUUUGUCGAGGGCCCAGCCCUAAGGAGACUACCUUCAGGAUCAGGGGGUGGGUAGGAGAAUUCACCCUGGGGUUCUCCCCCACACCCGUGCCAGACUUCAGUUUCCUAGGCUGAUCCCAACACCCCUUUGUCCCCACGGCCUCUCUGGACCCUUAAAGAAGGAACCCCCCAACCUGGGUCAACUCCUCAAACACACAAUCCCCACCCUCAGGACAGUUUCUCUUCCUUCACACAGUCCUUGUUUCUAGAUUUCACCCUCCCUCAUCCAAACAGGACAGAUGCCUGACAGGCCCUCGGGGAGGGAGUGAGGGGGUGGGCACUGUGGUCCAGCCUGGCUGUCUCACCACUGCCCCCCCCCCCGAGUCUGUAACACGGUGAGAUUGUAGACAGCCCCCCUCUACAUGAGGACACCAGCCUGAAGGGGACAGAGCAGGAGCCGAUGCACCCACAGCUGCAGGAGCACAGAGUGCCAGCACCAGACCACAGGGAGGGGUUAAUGCUAAGCCCUUUGGGCAGACAAAAUAGAAAACCAGUUGGAGCAGGUCAGACCAGGGGAAGCCAGCGAGGACCUGAGAGUAGCCACCGUUUCCCACCAGCCCUCAUGGACGCCCCUCCUGCCUUGGUUCUGCCCACGUCACCGGUCAGCGGGCAACCUUCCCCUUUCACAGCCACGUCUGGCUGAGGUACCCUGAGCCCUGCUCCCUGGGGUGGGGAGAGGGAUUGCCUGUGCCAGACCUUGGAGGCUGACCAAGCAUGGUAGGUUUAUCCUGUGCACAGGGGGUGAGGCCAGGGUUGGGGGGCAGCAGCAGUUGCAGGAGAAGCAGAGCUGAGGUGUGGGUCCAGGAGCUGGAUGAGAAACUCCAUAUCCUCUUUGGUGUGGGGGUUAGGACCAGAAACCCCCUGAUACCAUGGCCACAGUGCCCUGCCUUGCUGCCCACGCCCUGGCUGGUGGAGGCCAUCACAUCCCAGGGCACCCCGCCCAGGAAGCAGAGCCCAGGGCGGACUUCUGUUCGCUUUGCCAGCUAAGCACCUGCUGCCCCCGAGAGCAGGGUUUCCUCUCCAAAUCCUGCUCCCGCCCCGCUCAGCUAGGAGGGUGGUGAGGUCCAUGGUGGGCCUUCGGCUGGAAGGCCAUGAGGUUGGCGCCGAGGAGCCUGAACCUGGACCUUGGCUCCUUUGGCUAUUGAACACGGAUCCUGAGCCUGGCGGUGCUUCCUCUGGACAGCUUGUUUUAAGCGUUUCGGUGGUAAAGUACUUAAAACUCAGAACGCUGCAGCCUCUGAAGGUGGUCAGACCUGGGCAAUAAACCGUAU